AUGAAUCGUACUAAAGGAGUGGGACGAAUAGAGUUUUCAUCGUCUGAUGACGAUGAUCUAGAGCAACAACUAUACCAACAGAUGAAGUACGACAAAGACAAGCAAAGAGGAAUUGUUCGAGCACAUCCAAUUAGAGGGGAGUAUGAAACAUUCCUGCAUUGUGGACAAACGGUGCGCGCGCGAAAAGGGACUAUUUUUUUACCAGUACGUGAGCGGUAUAUACACAUUUUAGAUGCAAAGUCUUGCCCUGAGCGUUUCUUUGGGGACCCCGGCCUGCGUUUCCACCAUCGAGCACCACUAUCGCCUGAUGCUGUGGAGUUAUUUGAGCUGUCCAACCUUGGAGGUGAGGGCAGUCGUAUCGUUACACUGGCGGAUGCAAUGCCCAACGAAUUUUACGUGUUCAAAAGUCUUAGAAAAGAUGAUACCGAGAUCAGUAAGGAAUAUGAAUUUAUACGACAGAGCGAGGGAAGCGUCUUAGCAGAGCCACGCUAUCAGCGUAUUACAGACUACGCGCGUUGGAAGAGAUCAUGUCUACAUCCCAUUAGGUUAUAUGCUCGUGAGGGAGAGCGGUUCGAUACAAAUAAAAAGCUAUUCGAGGUCAUUAGUACGGAUCUAUACGAUAGAAUGUGGUGGUACGAUGGCACAGAUUCCCUUUUCGGUACCCUUCGGUACGAAGCCAAGAUAUGCAAUUUUACAAAGGAAACUUGCUUUUCUAGACUAACCUCACAAAAAGGUAUCGGGGUCGGCUAUUUUCAGACUGCUUGUCGUUCAAAUGAUGAAUUAGAAGGGGCGCUUCUAGUCGGAGAAAAAUAUUUUGCGUUUGUAUAUCUUCAAGACCAGCAGAGGGACGGAACACCAUUGAGGCAAGACCUUUUUUACGCUGCAUCAGCUACUCAGAACGAAUGUUUUCAGAAUUGUUACAUCCCUGAAAAGUCAGUGCCGUUGCCUUGGUUGGCUCUAUCGACAGAUAGCACGGUGAUGGAAGCAAGACUUAGCCUGCAAAUAGGAGGGUGGGAAAUGCGCAAAAUACGUAGUUAUUCUGCUCGUCGUCCUGUAACUUCUCUUUGUGCCAUCGACCACAGCUGUGAUGGGCCUCGCAUCAUUCUCUGUGGUUUGCGUAACGGGACCAUUCAGGUAAUUCCAUUACAGUAUAAAUGCGCAUCCUACGAUAACACUUCCAGACAUCACGACGCAGAAGUAUCAUUUCUAUACCCGCUUUAUACAGAGCAUCAGUUUAUUUCAGUUGCUUCUAAUGUGGAGACUAAGCUAUGGGAUUUGCGCUAUUUUUCUUGUAAACAUUCCGUGGCGACGCUACAUGAAGGUGUUCGCUUUGGAGUCCAUGGUGACCUCAGUGCGUCGAUUCGAAAUGGUCUUGUUGCUGUCUCUUCACCUACUUUAGGAAUCCGUUGCAUUGAUAUCAAGACCAGGAACAUACUUUUCGAGACUUCUGACAAUGUUCCUACCAGUUCGACCAUUUUACUUCAUCAAGUUGGUAUGGACUAUGAAUUGGUUUUGUUUAGUUCUAAUUCCACACAAAGAUACUUUUUGCGGAAUGACACGUGA